AUUAAUUAACUAAAACGGAUUGUAAUUCGUGAAAAAUUAAUGCCUUAGGUUUUAUAUCAUCAAUGAUAUAGUUAACCCUCAUAUUCUUUAUUACUGCGGUUAUCCUCCAGAUUCCAAAGCUUAAGUAAUAAGGAAUAAAAGGCCAUGUGAACUUCUCUGAUAAUUUCUGAUCAUAAACUGGCAAUAACCCAAUAUAACACUGCUGAUUCACGAUACACAUUGUAUAUCACAUUUUAAGGGUAAUUGUAAGGUAUUCAGCAGCUUCACAUUACACAUGAAUACCCUAUACAUCAUAACUCAACCACAAUAAAGAGCAAACUUUGAAAUUUUUUAGUUAUUUGAGGUUAUUUGUUCACGCGAUCAUUUAUACUUUUGGAAUUUAUAUAUUAUGAAAGCCUUCACAUCUUUCGAAUCACGAAUUUACAAGACGAAAAAUUUUAAGUUAUUUUUUCCGUAAUUUUAAUAAAUCCUAUUGAUUUUACACAUUUUAGUUGAUUUUAAGUUUAAUAUGAAUUUUUGGAUUUUAAUUUUUUAUGUAAAAUAUUCUAUCUUUCGGAACCCGGAAUAAAUGCAGACCUUUAAUUUGUUUUAUAAAUUAAAUGGCAACUAAUAGGAAAUUAUCUGUUCAAACAAGAUCUAUGAACUCGUGGAAUCUUGUCAACAACGGCCACAAAUGCAUCAGUGAAAAGGCACUAGAUAAGAAGAUAAACGAGGCGAUACUGGUGCCAAAAGGCAACAAACCACCAGUUUCUGAAGAGAAGAGAACGCCAACCACUACGGUAACCAACAACUCGUUCUUCUCGAGCUCAAUAACCACGAGCACAACAGCGACCACAAUCUCGACAAAACAGUACAAUUAUUACUCUAACAUCAUUUCCAGCACUCUUACGAACAAUGCAGUCACCAACACACCACUCAAAGGUGUGACGGAAAAUUGCUGUCCCUCGAAGGACAUCUCUCCACUCGCGAAGAGCCCGGAACAAAAGAAGAGUAACAAAGAUAUCAAGUACAAGUCGUACAAGGAGACGACACUUAAGUGCACGAAGAAUGUUUGUAAGGAUUUUAGUUUUCGGACUAAGGCUGUUGAAAGGGGCCUGGUGGGUGAGCCUUUGGACAAGAACUUCAGCAGCGUGCUGAAGGGAAACUAUACGACGUAUAGGAAAAAGUAUUUGGAAGGCCCUGUUGUUGGACGGGGGAGUUUCGGAGUCGUGAAAACGCUCUUCAGCAUGGUUGAGAUUCUGGAUUUGUACCAGUUCAUCCCGACCAAGCUGAGGCCGCCAAUUAACAAUUUAUCCCUGGGAAUAAAGAGACUGAGCGAGAAUAGGUACGAGUUCUGCGGAGUCAGCUUGACGAGUCCAACGAGAGCCGCGAAGAUAAUGAACUUUGACAAGAUCAAGAAGACCGGCUCGAAGAACUUGCUCCACAUUUUACGCGAAGUCUCAAUUGGCUCCUGGAACGACCACCCGAACAUCGUCAAGGUCAAGGAGAUCUAUCUCAAUGAACAGAUAAUUAAAUACCUCAACAACAUAAACAACCUGGAUGACCGGGAAAUGAUCUUGACUGGGAAGAACAACAACGUCUACUUGGUGAUGGAGUACUGUAGCGGGGGCGACCUCAGCAAGUUAGUGAUCGACGAGGUUAACAAGGAAAACAUAAUACCCAGAAUAUUUGUGCAAAUAUUCAAGUCACUCUCGUACAUUAACUCGCGAGGCAUUGCGCACCGCGACGUCAAGCCAGAGAACUUUCUCAUCACCGUUAACGAAAAGGAAACAAAGUCUGAAGACGCUGAAAUUAAAGAUAACGAUGACAUCACCGUCAAACUCGCCGAUUUCGGACUCGCCAAUUCCUCACCAAGAGUACUCAAAACCAGAGCAGGUACGCCGUAUUAUGUGGCACCGGAGAUAAUUAAGUGUAACGGUCACAACUGUUACAGCGUGAAGUGUGACUCGUGGUCGGCGGGAAUUAUGUUACACAUAUUUCUGUUGGGAACGUGCCCGUUCCACGACGAGUCAGACGUUAAGAAGUUGAACAAGGUGGUGAACGAGGAAAUCGACUGGACACAUCAAAUUUAUGCCACGAUACCACCCGAGGCCUAUGACCUCCUCAAGAAACUCUUGGUCAAAAACCCAUCCAAACGAAUCUCCACCACCGACUCACUCAAACACCUCUAUUUCCAAAAAUUCACGGGGUAUGCGCCUCUGCUCCGAAGUAUUAAUGGAAAUACGUUGAUUGACAAGUUGAUCCAGUUUUACAAGUUCCCGAUACUCAAGAGAGUUGCGUUGUGCAUAAUGAUAAGGCAGAUUUCGGAGUAUAAGCUGGACAGCCUGACGCAUAUGUACAAGUACCUGGUGUCAUUCUCGCAGGACUUAAACACCCUGACAAUACCAUCAUUGACCAACUACGUCAACUACUACAAACUCAACUCUGAAUUAAACAAGGACAGCACGUACAACAACAAGAUUGACAAGCUUUACUACCUCAAGCAGUUUCUAAACAUUGACGAGAUAGGGUUCACGGAGUUUGUGGCCUCGCAAAUGGCCUCAGAACUCUGCCAGAACAACGACCUGAUAGCAAACGUGUUCGCAGGACUCCACUCGGACUUGCCAGGAAGACGUAGUCUCUUCAUCAACGAGCAGGACUUGGCAAGGCUGACGACGAGUUACACGCACGAUUACUCAAACCUAGGAAUUAACGCUGAUCUGGACCAGGACCUGGAGCUUAAGCUGGAAGCCGACGCGCAAAUACUCAGCAGCAUCAACCACAUCAUCAGCGACGCCUGCGAGUACUCCGACAAGAUUUACUCCCAGAAUAAGAUGGAGGGGAACUCACACGGACUCGGCGGAUUUCUCAGGUCAACCAGGGGCCCAGACAAGGAAGCCUCAAUGUCAAUCGACGAAUUCUUCCUCAUGAUGAGCUUCAACCUCAUUGACCACUCACACAAGGAAGAAGGAAGACAAAUAAGAAUCAAAAGAAAAAAAGUCAAGUAACAAACCAUCCUACAUCAACCAUGAUGAGGAAUAAAGUUAACUAAGAAUUGAGGUAUAGAAUGACUUAAGAUGAAUAAAGUAAACUGAGAAUUGAGGUAUAUAGUGAAUCAAGAGGAAUAAAUACAAGUUUGAGUAAUAAAGUGAGUUAAUCUGUUGUAGUGUGUCC